CGUAUUUGCCGACUGCGCCCCCUGCCGCAAUAGGCGGAAUGAUACGGUACCUAGGCUGGCUGGAUCUCUUUCACUGAAAGGGAAUCAGAAGAGGGAGCGUAGGAAAAGGGUUUGAAACUCCCAAUCAUGUCUUUACCAUUCCGAAAGGACUUUGACAAGUACAAGAAUAUUAAUGAGGAUGAAAUACUUAACAAACUCUCAGAGGAUGAACUAAAACAGCUGGAGAACGUCCUUGAGGAACUUGAUCCUGAGAAUGCACUAUUGCCAGCUGGUUUCCGACAGAAGGACCAGACUACAAAAGAAGCAUCUGGGACAUUUGACAGAGAGCACCUGCUUACUUAUCUACAGAAGGAAGCUUUGGAACAUCAAGAUAGAGAGGAUUGUGUACCUUUUACUGGAGAAAAGAAAGGCAAAGUCUUUGUUCCCAAGCACAUGCCCAUUGAAAGGCAGCCAGAAGAGAAGGUGACUCUUGAGCCAGAACUGGAAGAAGCUCUUGCAAGCGCCACAGAUACUGAACUCAGCGACCUUGCAACUGUCCUUGGAGUCCAGCACUUUGCCAGCAGACCACAGGGAAAUGAAAAUGGAAACAGAGAUGAUGGUGAAAGAAGGGAUGUUAGAAUAGAUAUUGUCAAGGCUGAAAAGGUGAAGCCAACAUUUGAGGAUCCGCCUAAUCCCACUAAUGUGGAAGAAAGUUUGCAGAGGUUAAAAGACAAUGAUCCAUUUCUUCUGGGUGUCAAUUUGAACAAUAUCAAGAAUAUUCCUAUCCCAACUCUCAAGGAAUUUGCCAAGGCUUUGGAGACUAACACUCAUGUAAAAGCCUUCAGCCUUGCAGCUACACGAAGCAAUGACCCAGUGGCAAUUGCAUUUGCAGAUAUGUUAAAAGUUAAUAAAACUCUGAAGAGUCUCAAUGUGGAAACAAAUUUUAUCACUGGAAGUGGGAUCCUAGCUCUAGUGGAAGCCCUGAAACAAAACAAGACCCUAACAGAGAUCAAGAUCGCCAACCAGAGGCAACAGCUUGGCACUGCAGUAGAGAUGGAAAUUGCUCUGAUGCUGGAAGAGAACUCAGCAAUUCUUAAAUUUGGCUAUCAGUUUACACACCAGGGCCCAAGGAUCAGGGUUGCCACAGCCAUUACAAAGAACAAUGACUUAGUUCGUCAGAAGCGAGUUGAAAGGGAACAUCAGUAGGAUGAAGAAAGACAGCCAUAAGAAAUAUGCUGAAUCCUGUGGGGAAAUACUCAGUAUGCUGGACACUAAAAAUGCACUUGUAUGAAUUCAGGCAAAGGUUUUUUUAAUGUCCACUUAUUUAUAUAAAUUCCUUCAAAAUCG